AUGCUGCUUACAAACGACGUUAUCUUGGAUUCAGCAAAUGUGCUAUUGGACGAAGCGAGAGCUAUCAAUGACUGCGCCCAACGAUUAUUCAGCCAUGAAGCAUCCCGUGAAGGUUAUCGAACCGCGAUCGAUCUCUUUUUGACAAGUCUUGAGCAAGGUGGCAAGAUUGUAGUAACGGGUGUGGGCAAAUCGGGCAAGAUUGGUGAAAAGAUCGUGGCGACCAUGCUGUCACUUGGUACCCAUGCCAUGUUUCUGCAUCCAGUUGAAGCAAUGCAUGGCGAUCUCGGUGCCGUUCAUGCCAAGGAUAUUGUACUUGCACUUUCAUACUCGGGGAAUACUGAAGAGCUUAUGCGUAUCGUCCCAAGUCUCGAACAUCGUGGUGUCCCAAUAGUCGGGUUGGGUGGCAAUCCUCAUUCACAGCUUGCCAAAUGCUCUGCCGCUUGGAUUGAUGCUCAAGUUGGCAGUGAAGUGUCCGAGAUCCCUGCACCAACCAGUUCUACAACACUCGCACUCGCACUAGGAGAUGCCAUUGCUAUCACAUUAGCACGACAAAAAAAGUUUACGACGCAUGGAUUUGCAUUGAAUCAUCCAGGUGGCUCCCUAGGAAGGAGGCUAUUGCUCAAGGUCCAAGAUGCUAUGGUUGCUACCACUCAAGUGGCUACUGUACUACCCACUGCAUCACUUGAUCUCAUUAUUAUGGAGAUGACCAAGCAUCCAAAAAGUGGGGGUGUCGUUGUCGUAGAGCCAUUACAGCAAAAUCACACUCGUCGAGAUCCAUCUGGUAUGAUUUCUCCCCCAUCAAGUGUUGCAUCAGAGGAUGGUGACGCAUCAGCUAUGUCUUCAACAACGACCAAUCCAGACGAAUCAACACCAUCGGCAGACGUCAGAGCGACAUCAUUGACUAAGGCGGAAGAAGAAGAAGAAGAGCAACAACAACAACAUCAUCAAGAUGAUAAGGAGCCUGCUAUGAAAGUGAUUGGUGUCAUUACACACAGCAACGUUCAUCAAGUCCUCAAGACGGGUGCACGCGAAACCAUCUUUGACAUCAAAGCACGCGACAUUAUGACCCUAGAUCCAGUCGUAUGUGCCACCAACGAUUUGGCUGUUGAAGCUCUCAAACGCAUGACGACCCAUAGCACGACCGGCAAAGAUUUACCAAUGCUCCCGGUUAUAGAUACCACUGAUAAGCGAACUCCCUGGCGAGGCGUUGUCACUCUCAAGGAUUUACAGGAGUUGUUUUAA